GCCCCCCGCCCCGCCCCCGCGCUUCCUCCGCUUUCACUUUCGCUUCCGCCCGAGCGGGCCCCGCCGCCGCCGAGCAUGGACGACCCCGACUGCGACUCCACCUGGGAAGACGACGAGGAGGACGCGGGGGACGAGGAGGACGAGGACGCGGGGCGCGACGACGCGGAGGACGAGGACGCGGGGGAGCUCCGGGCGGCCCGGCCCGGCGCGCACCAGUCCAGGACACCCCGGCCCCGCAACUGGCGAGCCAUGCAGGACAUGUGCAGGUACCGGCGCCACUACCCGGGUCUGGUGGAGCGAGACGGCAAUGGUGACAUGCCCAACCUGAGCUUCUACAAGAACAAGAUCUGCUUCCUGCCCAACGGCUGCCUGAUCGAGGAGUUUCUUCAGCAGUGGAGGAGCCGCUACAGCCUGCUGGAGGACAACCACUCCUACAUCCAGUGGCUGUUUCCUCUGCGGGAAGCAGGAGUGAACUGGCACGCGAAGCCCCUCACGCUCAGGGAGGUGGAGGCAUUUAAAAGCUCCAAAGAGGUCAGGGAGCGGCUCGUGCGCGCCUACGAACUCAUGCUGGACUUCUACGGGAUCCAGCUGCAGGACCGGGACACGGGCGCCGUGUGCCGGGCGCACAACUACCAGAAGCGCUUCCAGAACCUGAACUGGCACAGCCACAACAACCUGCGCAUCACGCGCAUGCUCAAGUCGCUGGGCGAGCUGGGCCUGGAGCAGUACCAGGCGCCGCUGGCGCGCUUCUUCCUGGAGGAGACGCUGGUGCGCCGCGAGCUGCCGGCCGUGCGCCAGAGCGCGCUGGACUACUUCGUGUUCGCCGUGCGCUGCCGGCGUCAGCGCCGCGAGCUCCUGCACUUCGCCUGGGAGCACUUCCGGCCGCGCUGCCAGUUCGUCUGGGGCCCGCACGGCAAGCUGCGCAGGUUCAGGCCUCUCGCGCCGCGGCCGGCCCCGGGGCAGGCAGAGGGCGGCCAGAGCCCCGAGCAGGGCCAGACCUGCGGGCCGGACCGGACAGGGGUGGGGGACGGGGAGGCCGAGAGUCCCCCGGGCGCCAGCACCCUGGAGGGGGAACCUGAAGCCGAGGCCGGGGACCGCGGGGAGGACCAGCCCGAGCCCCCCAGCCCCAAAGAGACCAAGAAGAGGAAGUUGGAAGCCAACCGGCAGGAGCGGACCCCGGAGGAGCCGGGCCCGCAGGGCGCCUCCGACGUGGAGAAGGUCGCCCAGAACCUGGAGGGCUGCGCGCUGAGCCAGGGCGGCCAGGAGCCGGGGGACACCGAGCAGCCCUGCCCCGGGCCCCCAGGCGCGAGGCCUGCCGAGACCAGGAAGCGCAGGAAGGUGGACGGGGGCGCCCAGGCGCCUGCCCCGGCUGCACCCUCCGCCCCGCAGGGGCGCCCUGGCGCCGGAGCCAAGGCGGAGGGGCCGGAGGAGCCGGAGGAGCUAGAGGGGCCGGAGGAGCCGGAGGGGCCGGAGGAGCCGGAGGAGCUAGAGGGGCCGGAGGAGCCGGAGGGGCCAGAGGAGCUGGAGGGGCCGGAGGAGCCGGAGGAGCCGGAGGAGGGAGCCCAGGGCUGCCUGUCGGAGAGCUCUGGCCAGGGCACGGCGAGAGACGCCGAGCAGGACAGGGCUGGGGCGGAGGAGCCCUCGGAGCCAUGAGGAGUGGACCCGGCCGGACAGGAGGAAGCUGGGCCCAGCCACGGGAGUGGAAGCGCCCGGUGGUGGCCAGGACGGAGCCGCUCAGGGAAGGCCACGGCCUUGGGGACGCCUCUUACCUCAGCUUCCCCCUUCUCUGCGACCCCCAUCUUUUGCGUGGACCCUCGGGGGUCGGGGUGGGGUGGCUCCUGUUUUCCUACUCUGGUGCCGAGGGAGGCCUUUUCCAAAUAAACAGUUUACUUGGA